GACCUCUCAUCUACUGACCACAACCACACAACUGCUGACCACAACCACACAACUGCUGACCACAACCACACAACUGCUGACCACAACCACACAACUGCUGACCACAACCACACAACUACUGACCACAUCCACACAACUUCUGACCACAACCACAACCGCACAACUUUUUACCGCAACCACACUACUGCUGACGACAUCUAGUGACCACAGCCACACAACUUCUGACCACAACCACACAACUACUGACCACUUAUCUAGUGACCACAACGUACCGCAACCACACAACUACUGACCACAUCUAGUGACCACAACCACACAACUACUGAUCAAUCAACUGCUGACCACAACCACACAACUACUGACCAUAUCUUAUGACCACAGCCACACAUCUUCUGACCACUCAUCUAGUGACCACAACUUACCGCAACCACACAACUGCUGACCACAUCUAGUGACCACAACCAGACAUCUAGUUACUACAACCACACAGCUUCUGACCUCAUCUACUGACCACAACCACACAACCUCUGACUACAACUACUGACACACGGAACCACACAACUUCUGACCACAUCUAGUAAUCACAACUUCUGACCACAAUCACAAAGCUGCUUACCACAACUACUGACAGAAACCACACAACAACUGACCACAACCACACAACUCCUGACCACACAACUCCUGAUCACAACCACACAACUCCUAAUCACAACUACACAACUCCUGACCACAACUACUGACCACUCAUCUAUUGACCACAACCACACAACUGCUGACCACAUCUAGUGACCACAACCACACAACUACUGAUCACUCAACUGCUGACCACCACACAACUGCUGACCACAACCACACAACUGCUGACCACAACCACACAACUGCUGACCACAACUGCUGACUACAACCACACAACUUCUGACCACAUCUUGUGACCACAACCACACAACUUCUGACCACAAUCACAAAGCUGCUUACCACAACUACUGACAACAACAGACCACGGCCACACAACUUCUGACCACAUAUAGUGAACACAACCACAUAACUAUGGAUGACAACCACACAACUUCUGACCACAACUACACAACUCCUGACCACAACUACUGACCACUCAUCUAGUGACCACAGCCACACAACUUCUGACCACAUCUAGUGACCACAACCAUGCUUCUGACCACAACCACACAACUUCUGAUCACAAUCACAAAGCUGCUUACCACAGCUACUGACAGCAACUACUGACCACAACCACACAACUUCUGACCACAUCUAGUGAACACAACCACACAUCUACAGACCACAACCACACAUCUGACCAUAUAACUACCAUGUUGUCUCACCAACUUUUGACCACAACUACUGACCGCUACUACCGACUAUCGAUGGGAAUUUAAAAGGAUUUCACUAUUAAAAUAAUAUAAUUGAAAUUCAACUUUUUAAACUUAUUUCACUACCACAAAAAUACGAAAGAGCUUUAGCAAGCCCCACAACUUUUAAAGUUACAAUCUCGUUGUAUACAGGUUCACACGGCAUAGAAGAGCAAAGGAGAUCGAUUUACAGGCAUUUAGAAUAUUGCGCAAAAACAUACAUUCUAAUUCAUUAUAUAUCGCCCAACCAUACUUGAGGGGGAAGCUGGUUCCACCAUUGGGGAGCCAGGACAAAGAAGAGCUUGAACUGGGAUAAGCGGGAGCUGCCCUCCAGGGAGAGCCAAGAGACUAGAAGUGGUAGAACGGAGUGCUCGGGUUGGGGUGUAGGGUUUGAGCAUAGCCUGAAGGUAGGGAGGGGCAGUUCCUCUUGCUGCUCCUUAGGCAACCACCAUGGCCUUGUAGUGGAUGCGAGCUUCGACUGGAAGCCAGUGGAGUGUGCGGAGGAGUGGUGUGACGAGAGAACAUGAGAAGCUUGAAAACCAGGCAAGCUGCAACAUUCUGGAAAAGUUGCAGGGGUUUGAUGGCACAAGCGGGGAGCCCAGCCAAAAGCGAGUUGCAAUAGUCCAGACGGGAGAUGACAAUUGCUUGGAUUAGGACCUGCACAGCUUCCUCUGUGAGUUGAUUUAUUGCACCUGAAAGCAUCUCUACCUUCCAAUGGGCGAGGAAAAGCCAGAGACGUUGGACUUUGUCAAAGACUUCCAAGAGUAUCUCAGCCAGCAGACUCAACAUGUGAACAUGAUCUCGGGCUCCGUCAGUGGAGUCAAAGAGAUGGACGACCUACCAGCAGAUUGCAGUCAGAAUGGAUUAGACCACCCCUCAGCGGAUAUGUCCCUUGAUGACGGCUCAGGGAUGCUGGUGGAUGGCUUCGAGAGAACAUAUGACGGCAAACUCAAGUGCCGUUACUGUAACUAUGCUACCAGAGGCACAGCACGACUCAUUGAACAUAUCCGCAUUCACACUGGAGAGAAACCCCACAGAUGCCACCUGUGUCCUUUUGCCUCUGCCUAUGAGCGCCACCUAGAGGCCCACAUGCGCUCCCACACAGGAGAAAAGCCUUACAAGUGUGAGCUGUGCUCCUUCCGCUGCAGCGACCGCAGCAACCUUUCACACCACCGGCGCCGCCGCCACAAGCUCUUACCCAUGAAAGGUGCUCGCUCUUCUCUCUCCCACAAGAAGAUGCUGAGCGUCCUGCAGAAGAAGACCAGCUUGGGCUAUGGUCGCCGGCUCCUCAUCAACUUCAGCCCCCCCUCCAUGGUGAUGCACAAGGCUGAGCACCUGGACGACUACUCCCACGAACUGCCCCACCUGCGCCAGGAGACCUACGACGACCAGGGUGCUGGUGGAGAUGGAAGCUCCAGGGACAAUCACCACCAUCACCACCACAACCUGGUCAUGGAAAACCCCCUCAACCAGCUCUCCACCCUGGCUGGUCAACUGGCCAACCUGCCCUCUGAAGCUGAGGGCGAGACCCAACAGCCUCCCAUAUCUCCAGGUGCAGAGUCCUGUGUGGACGAGAAGCCCUUCCUCAUCCAGCAGCCUCUCCCAGCCACCGCUUCUGCUGCUGCGUCAGCCAGCACUGCCCAUGCUGCCUCCUCCCCCAUCACCCCAGAGCCCAGGCCCCCACCACACAGCAACUGCAGCCCCGGGGCAGGUCCCUGCAGCGAGCACAGCGGGCGCACCAGUACCCCCAGCAUUACCAAUAGCCAGCCCAGCACACCAGUCCCGGGCCUGCCCUCGUUGCAUCAAGACCCCCAGAUGCUGCACCACUGCCAGCACUGUGACAUCUACUUCCCUGACAACAUCCUGUACACCAUCCACAUGGGCUGCCACGGCUACGAGAACCCCUUCCAGUGCAACAUCUGUGGCCACAAGUGCAGGAGCAAAUAUGACUUUGCCUGUCAUUUUGCCAGGGGGCAGCAUAAGCAGUGACUUGUCACCGGGUCAGUGACGAAGGACUGGAGAUGAUUGAAGGUGUUUUUAUUUAAUUCCAUAAUGGUGAUUUUUAUUUAUUGCUUUUGAUCUUUCUGAAAUUGGACAUGAUGUAGCCUUUGCAAAUUCUGUAUAGUGAAUUUGAUUUUACAGGAAAGAAAAUAACAUUUGACAGUGCCCAUGUGUAUGUAAUGUGUAGGGAUGGAGUGGUUUAGAGGUACAACUCACUUGACCGGUUUGAUCGUUAAACAUUCCUUAUGUGUUUUUUUUUAACAUGAACACCAUUUUUAGCCUUACUAACAUACUGUAGUUAUAGAUGCUAACAUUUUAUGAGUGCUCGUUUAUCGGCUUUAACCGUAACCCACUAAACCAUUUCAGAGUGCAACGACGGCACCAUUCAUGCCUCCCAAUAGUGCCUACCAUAUUCACAAUCACUUUACAUUUGACAUCUAUUUUUUUUCUGUUUGUUUUCUUUAGAUGCGGGUGUUAUGUUGUCGUUUGAUGGAUUUGUAAACAGUGCCCUUCCUUCCUUAACCAUCAGCUUUUUGCUAAUUGGGUGUCAUGGAAGAUAAAGCCUAACCUUAUACAUUGUGUUAUAUUGUGACAUUUAAAUGGAAUAUGUCAUUGUGAGAUCCAAUACCUCUACUGUCAAAGCAUUAUCACCGUAUAUUUUCUCUUUUGUCAAUCCCGUUCAGUCCAGAAUUGCCAAGUAGCACCAGAGAUGCCAUGUUUUAGCAUACAUGCCAUGCCUUUUGGAUUUCUUCUGUCCUUCUAUAAUCAAGGCAUUGCAUAUUAGGGAUCUGUGCUUUCUUAGAUAUUUAUUGAGCAUUGUAAUCUACAUUUCCUGGUCGGUUAGGUGUUGUGAUAAGUGACGAUUACUGCCUUAGCAGGGUUGUUUUGUAUUGGAUACUGUUGUGUCUGCAUAGCAACAUUUGUGGAGAACAUGGUUACUGUUUCUAGGACUAAUUGCAUGUCACCAUGCUUACAGGCGUCCAAUGAUUGAGGGGUUACGUAAAGGGGAAGAACUUGGGAGUUUUGUUUAAUGUGUUGUAUCUUGAUAGAGCAGGUGAAUGUAGAAGCGUUUUGGCGAUCAUCAUGUCCCCUUGGAUGACAAAUUGUUUUAUGUGAGAGGAAUAUUAACACAUUUCUAAGUAAAGUGUUUUCUAACAGA